AUGCAGAGCCUGCAAGCCAAGGCCGCCGAGUGGAGCGGAGUUGACUCGGCGGACGCGUUCGCCAUCGACGAGUCGAACCUGUUUGAGAAACUAGGGCUCCAGGCCUUCGUCAACCUCUCAACCAAUUUCUACAGCAGGGUUUACGACGACGAACAAGAAUGGUUUCGAUCAAUUUUCGCCAGUUCCAAGAAGGAAGACGCAAUCCAAAACCAGUACGAGUUUUUCGUGCAGAGAAUGGGAGGCCCAAAUCUCUACUCUCAGAGAAGAGGCCAUCCGGCUCUGAUUGCACGUCACCGUCCAUUUCCCGUCACGCACGAAGCGGCAGAGAGGUGGCUGCAUCAUAUGCAGCAAGCACUGGACACCAGUUCGGACAUUGAUGCCGAGUCCAAGCUCAAAAUGAUGAACUUUUUUAGGCACACUGCGUUCUUCCUUGUGGCUGGAGACGAGUUGAAGAAGAAUCAGACUCAGGCACAGCAACCUCCUCCAUGUAAGCAUGGAACCAGCAACAACCACCAUGCGUGA